AUGCUGUAUCAUAACAUAAGGUUUUCUGAUAAAGAAAAUGCUUUGAAACAAACACAAGUCAAUAGUUCGAAGCCAAAUGCCUUGACCACAAAAUCAAAGAAUAUACCUAGCAAUUCAGAAAAUGCCUUCAAUAUUCGUUCAAAUGCUAAGCAAAUGAAUCAAACAACCGGGCAGAGAGCUCCUAUGCAAAGAGUUCCAUUGGGGGGUAAAGAUCAAAAUAAAGCUAUCCCAUCAUUGCUGAGAUCGCAAUCGAGUUUAAAUUCUGGAGAUAACAAGCAUCAAAGGAAGAAAAUAUUGCUCCCAAAAGCGCCUUCGCUAUCAAAAGCCAAUUCUUCUUUGGGAUUUGUUCAUCGUAGUAACCCAGCCACUGGUGAGAGCUUGUAUAAACCACCGCAGAAUAAAAAGCUAGCAGAUAUUAAUGAUAGCAUUUUCAACCCAGAUAAUGCGCAAAGGUCGAAAGAGUUGGUCCAACCCCAAGAUACGGACACCUUGACAAAACAUAUAACGGAUACCCCAAUUACUCCCGUAGGAUCACCUUCGCUUCUGUCCACAAUUACGCCAAAAACUAAACUGCUUGAUGCAUCAAACAUAUCACAUCGGGAUUUAAAUCGAAAUAAUGUAGAUCCAAUUAAACGGAACCUCAAGAAAAGCAGCAAGAUUAAUGAACAGAAUCAACAUGCUGAAGCCAAGAAAUCAUUCCAGAUACAUCACGAUUUGAUAGAAGACGAAGACAGUAUAGAAUACGCUCCAGCUAAAGGACCAUCCUUACCCUAUAGGCCUGGUGACAUGGAUCCAUUGACAGAUGCCGAUCUAGAAAUCUUCUCUAGGCCAAAUGGAAUUACAUUAACAGAAGAGAAUGAACAUGAAUAUCCUGAGAUAUAUCAGAACGAGAUGGAUUUGAAUUUCCAAGAAAUAGACCUUGAUGACCCAACCAAUUUUUCGUUUGAAUACAAUGAUCAAGACAUUGAGGCUGAUGAUAAAGAUGAGCAAAUAACGGAUACUAAGAAUAUUGGAUUAAACGUGGAUGAAUUAAAUGAUUUGUUGGAUUUUUAA